UAUAUUGUUGACGUGCAAAAAAAAGAAGUAUGUUGUUGGUUGUAGUGUACGCGUAUAAAUUGAAAAUGGACCUUUGACAGUUUAAAUUUUCUAUUAUUUGCAGCAGAAUAAGGAAUGAAAAUGACGACAAUAAAUUAUUUAGAUUUAGACAUUAAUAAACUUUUCGAGCAGCAUACGAUAAAAGAAAUUGAGGAAAUUCAAAAGAAAAUUCAAUUAGAAAGUGACCGUAAGAAGAUCGAAUUACGUACUCUGGUUGGAGAAAGAUAUCGUGACUUGAUAUUAGCUGCGGAUACAAUUGGAAAAAUGAAAAUUACCGCAGAAAGGAUCAGUUCAAGAAUAGCAGAAACGGAAGAGAAAUUUCAAGAGCUUCAAGAGAAAUAUCUCAUUGGUUUUAAAACAGAUUUUGUCGAGAAUGAACCUGACAGGAAAUCUGAAGAAAUGGCUGCUGUUAUUAUUCAAAUAAAAAUAUUAAUGGACAUUCCAGAAUUUGUUUGGUCUAAUAUAGAAAGCCAAAAUUUAUUGUAUGCUACUCAAUUGUUUAUCUUAGCGCAACACAUUAAGUAUAGAUUAAAAUUUGAAAUAGGUAACGAGGAGUUAACUUCAAAAUAUCCAAUAGUAUUUAAACAGUGGGAUAUUAUAGGUCAAUUUAAAAAUAUUAUAUUAAGAGAAUGCGAUACGAUAUUGCGAUCAUGGAAUGUAUCAAUCGAGAGUGCAGCGAACUGUUUAGCAUCGCUUAUAUUAUUAAAUAAAACCCCAUAUAAGGAUUUAUUAGAGAAAUUAAUAUUUACCAGAUGUCGUGCCGUUGAAUCUGUAAUCAAGGAUGAAAAUGAUUAUAACGUUAAGACAAAGAUAAAACUCUGUAUAGAAAUGCUAAUUCAUACUAUCACAUUAAUUUAUGCUUGCUUUAUAACUGCUGGAGGUAAACAAGAAGGUUUGGUUUCGCAAUAUAUCGCACUGAUAAAGGAUGAAAAAGUAUAUUCGUUACUUUCAAAGAUCGAUGCGAACAAAGAUUUGAUAAAGAAAUAUUUAUCAUCUGUUAUAACAAAUGAGAAACCAUUUUUACAAGAAGGAGAUGAUAAAUUUUCUAUAUUAGAUCUACAAGAAUGUGUUAAAGCAUGGCUGAAUUGGCUUAAAGAAUUUUGUAAUAACGAAGUCGUUAAAUUAUUUCAAUUAAUAAUUUCUGUGAAAGGUUUAUACAGUAUACGGGAGGAGGCUGUUGGAAUUAAUUUACCAGAAAAUUGGAACAUCAUAUGGGAGGACUUUGGUUUACCAAAUAUAAGUUAUUGGUUAGAAUUUUUUCAACCACUUUUAAGUCAAAGAGCAAAAAAUAUCAUACACGAUAAAUGGUUGGAGGCUACAAAAAAUCUGAAAACUAAUAUAUCUGAUAUGUUAAACAAAGUAACCAGAGAAAGAUGUGAAUUUCCUGAACACGAUUUACGAUGGUUCGUUUGGAAGGAUUCUCCAAGCGAUAUACCACAGAGAUUAACACACAAUAUUGUAUUGGAUAGCAAACGAUCCUUAUUAAUGAAAACUAAAGGAUAUUCUCCUAACGUGGUACAACUUUGUGAAGAUUUUGACAAUAGUUUAUGCGAAUUACUUUCAGACUUAGAACAGUAUUUGUAUGAUACUGUAUGCAAUUUAAAUAUCAAAGAUAAUUUAUUAUCUAAAAAUAUAUCCGUAAUACCUAAUACGUUUUCCGAUCGAGCCGAGAUUCAAGAUCAUUUGCAAAAUGUUAGUACCACUAUGAUAGAAGAUUUUAUACGAUACGUUAAGGAUACGUAUAUCGAUAACAAUACCAAUCAUAAUCAACAAGAAAUAAAUACGAUAGUAUUGGCGAGGCUUCUUAUGGCAUUCACCUCGUUAUCUCCUAAUUUAAAUAAAUGUUUUAAUUUAUCCAAGGCAACUGGAUUGUCUAUAACAAAUACGAAAUGGCAAACGAUAGUCGAUACUCUUAAAGAAGAAAGUAUUUCUAUAUGGUCCGUUUGGGCCAAUAAAUACAGAAAUAAAUUGAUCGAUCAUAAAGAAAAAUAUAUGUCAAAAGAAUUAUUUGAUAGUUUAAAAAUAAAGUCAGUUUUAUCAGAUUGGGAAAAGGUAAUGAUCGAAGAAGAAUCUGGGGAUGGUAAAACAUUGAAAACUGAAAUAUUAGUGCCGUAUCAACCAUCAAUAAUGCUACAGAAAUUUUUAAUGGCAGUGAUCAAGGAUUUAAAUAAAAUAAUACCACAUACCAUUCCAAAAAAAGUACUUUACGAGAUUAUCGAAGCCGUAGCAUCAGAAUUAUUCAAUUAUUAUCAAGACACAUCCAACAUUGUUAAUCUUAAACAAAAACAAGCAUUGCAAAUAGUAUUCGACAUUAAAUAUUGUACUUUACUUAUGGUACCAAGAGAGAACAAACACUUAAACGAAAUGUCAUCGAAAGCUACAGACAGUGCACUUUCUAAAAUAGAUCCAUUCGAUUAUAACGUUAUCAAUCCAUUCAUUCAUACAAACGUAAAGAAAAGCGUUUUGAGAUCUUUGCUUUUGCUUGGAAAUUUAAUACCUCAUUUGGAACAACUUCAUUCGGUUCUCGGUGCACGCAGCGAAUACAAUGCUGGAGAAGGAAAUAAAUUAGAUUCUCCAGCAUUGCUUGCACUAUGUACAGGUGCACCAUGGUUCCCUCCUCUUGCCAUAACAGUACCAAUGAGAAAUUUAUCUCUAGUAACAACAACGAUACAAGAUAAAACUCAGCGCAAGAAAGUAACGACAGCAAAGGAUAAUACAAAAACCGAAUCUACUGGAUCUACGAUAAAAUCAGGAGCAGCAGCAUUUUUUGGAGCAAUGGGUUCGGAUUGGUUCAGUGCUAGUUAAAUAAAAAAAAAAUAUAUAUAUACAUAAGUGUAUAUAUAUAUAUAUUUAUAUAAAAGAAAUAUAUAAAUCCUUUUGUAAAAGAAGAUGACGAUUGUGAUAAAAGAGAGAUAAAAGUA